AUGCGUUGGUUGCUCGAACUCGUUGGCUCGUAUUUUACCGAUCUGGCCCUUCGCCUCUAUCACGAGAAAGCGCUGAUACUAACGGAGCACUUGGAGCUGGUUGAGUUGUCACUGCAAUCGGCCAAGCAGCUGCAGCUACUCAUUAUCAGUGGUACUAACUACCACCUGGAAGAGCUCACCAUUAUGGAUUCCAGGCUAGAUACUAUUCCGCGCAGUAUCGCUAAUCUGACGUCGCUGCGUUCUUUGGAACUCAGGCAAAGCAAGCUACGCGUACUUGACCUAGGAAUUUUCUGUCCACUGACCAACCUGGAGUCGCUGGAAAUGGAAGUGAGUGACAUUUCAACGCUGCGACCCGCCAAUCCGAGUGCAAUGAGCAGUGUUAAAAUACUGCGCCUCUCAUCUAACCGACUCACCAGCUUUGACGCAGCCCAUCUGGUAUCGUUUCAAUUCCUGCAAGAAUUGUAUCUUUCCCGUAAUCAGAUCGACACCUUCUUCACUGGUACUCCCAACUUGGAUACGUUGGUUCUUUCGAGUAACGGUCUCAAGUCUGUCGAUUUGAAAUACUUUGAAGAUUUUAAAAACCUGAAUACACUCGAUCUAUCAUACAACCGGCUGACAUCGGUACAAACGAGCCAAGCAACGCUGCUUCCGCGACUAGGACACCUAACGCUGGACAACAAUUUGUUGGACAAUAUUGACCCAACCAACUGGUACUUUCCUAGCUUAACGUCCGUAAGACUGGCGAAUAAUCGUUUGCAGGCUGUACCGAGCAGUAUAUACCGGAGCAAUGUUUCACGAACCAUUUCCAUUGACAUCUCUGGCAAUCCGAUUCGCUGCGGCUCGAUGGCCGAAUAUGUCGAUUACGUGUUACGCUUGGACAGCUUAUAUAGAACAUGCCGCAUCGAACACUGGGAUCUGGCAUCGGUGCGCAACCUGGAAAAGUUCCUUCCGAAUCCGUCUACCCGGUUCCUAUCCGUUCAAGUUCAACGGUUAACGACUGGCACCAUUCCGCUCACUUUUCUGCUGGUCAAUGUGUCACGAGUGGUCAACUCGGUGGUGUUUGGGACAUUCCACGAACCAAUGCUGUUGCUGCCCACCGCCAACAUGCUCCAUGAGUUGGUAUUGCAGAGGGCACCGAAUCUGCAGAACAUCACGGCGCAGCCUAACAUACACCUGAACCGGCUGGAGAUCAACGGUUGUCUGCUCUCGAUGGUACCUCCCUCUCUGCGUAACCUGUUAGCACUGAAGAUGCUUACGAUAAAGGAGUGCACCCUCAAGGUGCUCAAUCUAGCUCUGCUGGCUACCUUCCGUCGGCUGGAAAUGGUUUCAUUUGCGGCAAACCACAUUGCAAGUAUCCAACCUGCCGCUAGUACCAGUGCCACACUGACCAUCCAUGAGCUGGACCUAUCGGCAAACCGGCUGCAACGGUUAAUCGUAAAUCAGUUCGCGCCCCUACGGCAGCUGCGUAUCCUCAAUCUGCAGCAAAACCAAUUGCGUGCCAUCGAUAGCCAACCGCCCGGGGAUGUGACAACGCUACCAUAUUUGAACGUCCUAUUCCUCUCCAACAACAGACUGCAGACGGUGGAUCUCGGCCAACUGAAGACACCCAACCUGCAGCAUCUAGUACUGUCCUCCAACGAGCUCGCAAGUUUACCGAGCGCCCUAAAUAAUCUCACCAAGCUGGAAGUCCUUUCGCUUAAACAAAACGCGCUCGAUGCGUUCGAUUUCGCUGAGCUGCGCGAGCUACGUUCACUCCUUAGCCUCGAAAUAAGCGACAACCGUCUACAGCGCGUCUGGGCCGCACAUCCGGUCGAAUUGCCGAACCUUUCUACCUUGGUGCUGGCCAAUAAUGCGCUAAAGUUGCUCGAAUUGCAGCAGCUUACGGCACCCCGCCUCGCCUACAUAGAUCUAACCGGUAACCUACUGACGAUGAUACCGGCUGCCCUUGUGGAGGGUGAUCGAGCACUGCAGCUGCUGUCAUUGGUUGUGUCGGGCAAUCCGUUGACAUGCGCUACACUCGAGAGGUACAGAUCCUACAUCGAGCGGGGACAGCUGGAAACGCAGUGGCAGGUUUCGAAGACGGAGUUCUGCACGACGGAGCAGUUCUUUGUGCUAGACGAUAAGCGCAAGUCCUGCUGUAGUGCUUGA